UUCAGUAAUUUAAACCGAUUAAGAUCGCUUGCUGUUUGGUGUUUUUAAUUUCAGUUUUUAAUAUCAAAAAGCAGAAAUGGCAAAUCUUUUCGACUCAAUUGACCCGGAGGUGUUCAAAUCCUACAUCUUUUGGUCGGCUGUUCUCGUCAUUAAGAUGAUGCUGAUGUCCGUUCUUACCGGAAGUCAACGUCAUAAGAAACACGCCUUCGCCAAUCCUGAAGACGCCAAAACAGUAAAGGGUGGUAAACUCAACACCAACGAUCCGGAUGUUGAACGAGUUCGACGGGCCCAUCUGAACGAUCUGGAGAACAUUACUCCGUUCCUGGCGAUUGGUUUCCUGUAUCUUUUGACCGGACCAAGUGCAACGGUGGCCAUCAAUCUAUUCCGAUUGGUGGGAAUUUCUCGAAUUGUUCACACCCUAGUCUAUGCAGUAUUCGUGAUUCCACAGCCGGCCCGUGGAAUUGCCUGGAUGUUGGCCUACGGAAGCACUCUCUACAUGGCCGUCAAAACUGCGCUGGCUUUCCUGUGAGAGCUAAUCCAUGUUACCUGACAUCUUAGAAAUAGAGAAAAUAUAAAUUGUUUAUA